AUGGCGAGGGGAGGAGGAGAAUGGACCGGAGGGAUCACCGGAGGCGGAGUUCUCUCCUACAAAAGAAUCACUCUACUCGUUUGCUUUUUCAACAUUCUCAUUGCUCUCUUUGUUCUUCGCUUUCUCUAUGCGUCUUCUCUCCACAUCUAUCCCAAUAACGAGAAUGUUGUUAAGUACACAGCAGAUGAGAUUAGGAAAAUGGAGGAAUCUAUUCGGAUUCGAAGAUCGAAAGAAUCUGUUGAGCUUGUUAAAUUGGUGAAGAAGCUGAAACAUGAUGUGGAUACUGCGGAAUCAAAUACUGAACUUUCUCCUAAUGUGAAACACAAAUUAGUUGAUGAGAUCUUGCAGCGUUUGAAAAGCUUAGAGGAGAAGUCCAAUGUUACACAGCUUAGAGAAGCUGUAGAAAUGUGGCGCAGUGAGAAGCUGAAGGAAACUAAAGAGCUAAUUCAAGGACAAAAUGGGGCAAAUUCCACCAACAUACUUGAGGAAGCAGGGAUGCUAAUAAGAGCUUUGGAGUUGGAAUGGGAUGUGCUGUCUGAAGAGAUUGGUUUCUGGUUACCUGCUGAGGUUAAGAAUGAAGAACACGAUGAUAAACCUGAAGGGGAGGAAGAGCCUGAGGAGAUAUUAGCAGGCAGACCAGUUCCAGCUGUAUGCAACGCUGAGCUUCACACAGAUUAUGGUGGUGCUGCGGUGAGGUGGGGACUUACACACCAUAAAGAGAGUGCAGCUGAUUGUUGUCAGGCUUGCUUAGACCAGGCAAAGCGAGCGAAACCUGGAGAAACGAGAUGCAACAUUUGGGUUUAUUGCCCAUCUGAGUUUGGUUGCUUUUCUCCUGAUAUAUAUGAGCAUAAACAUCAGGAAUGUUGGCUUAAAUACGCAGAGAAGCCAAAACAGAAUUUUAAAGACAGAUAUUCAGAGUCAUACAGAAACAAUCACCCAAAAGCGCCUACCAUCGUUCCAUGGGUUUCAGGUGUGGUAACGGCUUGA